AAGUCUUUGACAUUAGUUGAUCUGCAUCAGAAUUUAAAAUUAAUAUCUUUUAUCUGAGGCACGUUUUGGCCGAGGGAAUUGUGGUUAAAAUUUUGUGCAUAUUAUAUGCACGAAUAUAUGUAUUAUGGAUCGGUUGGGAUGAAAGCUAGAACUUAAUACAUAACUGAAUGCCGAUUUAGAUUAUUCUCAAACAGAAACAUCAUCGUCGAAGUGUGUGCGUCGAUGCCAUCAUCAGGGAAAAUAAUAUGGAAAUAUAUGCAGCGCAAAACAAAACCGCGAAAGUGAACGCAGAGCACCAAACUCAACCCACGAAAUCUGUGCGCAUGUAUAGUAAGUUCCGUUAUCAGUAAGGGAAAACGUGGCAAAGUUCCUGGUGAAAAGGGAUGUUAGUGAUGCACAGAAAAAAUAUAACCACAUACAUCUCUAAUUUGGUAUUUUAUUCAGAUAAAUUAAACGGGCGGACAGACGGAUACAUUGACUGAUGAUGACAAUGAUCCUGAUCAAGAAUACACAUACAGAUUUUAAAGGGUUGGAAACGCUUUCUUCCACCUGAUCACUGUUUUUUAAAGAAACCUGAUACUAUUUUUCCUGAUAUUUUUAUUCUACGAGAAACGGGUAACUUGACCUAAUAAUGUUGCAUUUCAACUGUAUCAGGGAAGAUUUUACGUCACUCCAUAACUUAUAUUUUUACAGUACAAUUAUAUGGCAAUACUUAAGUAUACCAUUGGCCGGUAUAUCUAAAAAGUUUGUUCAGAACAAUGUUAAAAAGUUCCUUUGUCUUAAACUCAUUGUUUUCCCUGUACCCCAACUGUGCAAAAGCAAUUGAAACAAGAGUUUCAUUAAAUUCUGGCAGGCCAGUCUUGUGUCUUGGUCGGUCUUACGCUGCUGUUUUAUAGCGCAUUAAUUUCGAAAGUAGCGCUACGUGUGCCAAAAAUCAUUAGCAACGGAAUUACGCUCAAUGAAAUGCAGUCGGCGUCGCCGCCCAACAAACGCCGUCGAGGGGAGACAAUACAGCGUGGCCAAACCAGACCCUGCCGCCCUCCGUCCCCUGUCCUCCGUCGACUACGAUGGUGAUGUCGAUGCCGGAACAGGGAAACCGAGAUUGGUAUGGGGGUGGAUCUGGGAAUGGGAGUUGACGGGGAAUGAGGGGAAAAUUAGACAGCUGCUUACGCUAGCGUUUCUGAUGCUUAUAAAUUUACCCUAACGACAAGUUAAAUGCCGAAUACGAAAUGCUUCAAACGGAAGGGUUCCCAAUUCAAGUCCAUCGGAUACAUUUGAAUACAAGUCGCUGAAUAUGCCGUCAAGAUGAUGGGCUUGAUGGGCUUCACACUCGAAAUAAAAGUACAUGUGAACUGAUUAAACCCAUAUUUAGAAGGAACAGAAAAAUCUUCAAAUGUGUAACUUUUCGUUCAACCCUUUUAUAAUGGCAAUAUUCAGUCAAUGUCAAUUUAAUGUCUUAUUAUUGACACAGAUAGUUGAACUAGAAUGUAUUAUUUUUGAUUUAAUUAGUGGAACUCAACUAUCUAGAAUUACGAUAUCAAACAUUAUAUUAUUAUGUUUCUUAAUUUAAUGCGUUUAUGGGAACUUUAAUGUAUAAUUAUUCGAUUUAAUUAGCAACUAGAAUUAUGGCAGCCAGCCACAUCUAUGACUAUGUUUGGAAAACGGUGCACAUAGCGCUUAUCCGACUUUAGUUUAUAUCAAUGACAAUCUUAUCACUGAGGAAUAAAGCAUUAUCAGAUAAUAGGCGGAACUAAUUCGCCUAAUGAAAUUAUGCAAAUGGCAGUCAGUUUGAUUUCGGCACGGCAGGUGCGAGCAUUCCACACCUCUGAAAAUAUACACCAAUAGUAUGUUCAAGUCCAAGUCCUUUGAUUUGGUCAUUGAGGAAAAGACAAAGAAACCGGAACGGCUAUACCAGCCUCGUCGGAUGCGAUGGCUAAAAUAUAUCAUCCUGCCGGCCGUUUUCUCCUUUGCGCUUCUGCUGAUCCUGGUUAAUGUGGACUUCUCCGAUAACGAUGAGGAUUCGAAACAUCUGGGAAAUGGAUGUGACACAUCGCUAUUUAUAUCUAACUAUGGAUUCGAAAAUAACACACUUUACCAGAGCUUUUUCUAUGGAAGAUUUGCAUUGCAAAGCCUUUCCAUCGAAAACUCCACUAUAGUUCAUAUCAACGAUGGUGCUUUUGACCAGGAAAGCACUGUAAACAUAUCAAGCCUACAGCUCAUAAAUGUGCAAUUGGAAAAUUUAACUGAAUCUGCCCUCCAAGGUCUUCAAAAGCUUCAGAACUUUACUCUAGUCAAUAAAAAUAAUAACUUUAGGCCACUUAGAUUCCUCUCAGCUGUGGCUGAAUCGUUAAUCAGUGCGGAAAUACACCAGUCAUUAGGCGCAAAAAUAACGUAUUCGGUGUGCGACUUUUUGGGAUCCCGGAACUUCACCCAGUUGAAAUAUUUAGAUCUGAGUGGGACACACUUAGACAAAAGCCUUAUUAAAGAGUAUUUUAACAAUCUUCCUGCCUUAGAGCAACUUAUUCUAAAGAACUGUGGGUUGGACCACAUCGAGUGGGAAAUCCUGAAACCAACACAUACAUUUUUGCAUCACUUGGACUUGGGCGUAACUCGGAAGACAGACAACUAUGAAUAUCAAUUGGACGAUCCUGAGACAACGAAAAACGCUGUGGAUAUAUAUACUAACCUGGAUAAAGCGGCAAUGGCUCCAGAAGUAGUAGGCACCACCACAACAGAAACUAUACAUACAUCCAUAGAAAUUUUACCACCAUCAUCCACAUCAACAUCACCAACUACAUCCACGGAGGAAUUAUAUACUGCAGAGUCAACGGUAUCAACAACACCAUCGUCAAAUUGCGAAGAGGAAUUUUGCCAGGAUCUGGUAUGCUCAAGAAUAUCCACCGAUUCGGUUGCAACUGCAGAUCCAGAAAGUUCGUCGUGCCAGGACGGCUUACUGGUGGAGAUCUGCGAAUCGGAUUGCUCCACACCCACAUUUUUCUGUGUGAUAUUAGGCGAGAAUUUUACCUCCCAAUCAAACUGUUGUUCUUACCAGAGAAUGAGAUGUGUGAUCUCCGCACAGGUCUCCUGGUUCGAGGACCACAGCGGACUGGUCAUUGGAUUAGGAGUUGGUCUUCUCUUCAUCGGCAGUUUCCUCGGAAUGCUCAUUGUCUUCGGGACCCUGCGACUGAAGCCAUCCUGGUUGCGCGGCAGUAAGCAGCGUGAGUCGAACACGAUGGGGCUGAUUCAACGAAGAUUCGAAAAGGACCCGUAUGAGCAAGUGGAAGGUCCGAUUGCGACUAUCGACAAUAACGAAUAUGUCACUGCCUAUCACCGUUACCUGGAGCAAGCGAAUCACCGCCCCACGGAGUCGAACAAGUAUAUUAGCCCACCCAGGGAUAGGGCUCCUUCUGUUCCGCCCUCCAGCGAUUAUCCCUUACCACUUCCGGCAAGAAAUUGCAACGUGUACGAGAGCUGUGAGCUGUACGAGGAACUUCCGUAGAAAUAUUUUAUUCACCGACGUGUACAAUAUACAGUUAUAGAUAUGCAUACGACACCGAGAAUUCAGCACAUUUCCAUUGCUUUCGAGAAAGCAGGCCCCCUGCAAGAAACUGUGGACAAAUAAUCCACUGAUUAUUCAUAAGAUUAUUUAUAAUAUUCAUAUUCAAAGUAUUUCAGCAGACACAACUAAAAUCACUGCUAGAGGUAUCAAAUUACGUUCCAAUAAAAUCGAAAUGUUAACGGAG